AACAAAAAACAAACCACCCUAGUGAGCACAGUUCUCUUUAAGAGCUGACUCCGUUUUCUUUUCCAGCUGUGGGUGCACCAUCAUGAUUCCACAGGUAGUGGCCAAUGAGAAUGUGAUGGUGAUUUCUCCAAGUGGAAUCAACAUUCCCCAAGCAGACAAACCCCAGCCUACUCCCCAGAGGCAAGACAGCCUGAAGAAACGUCUAAAGGCAGAGGUCAAAGUGUUGGCGGCAAUCCAAAUCAUGUGUGGUAUGGUGGUGUUGAGUCUGGGCAUCAUUUUGGCUUCUGUUCCCCCCAAAGAACAUUUUACCUCAGACUUCUCUGCUCUGUUAAAAUCUGGCUACCCAUUUAUAGGAGCUUUGUUUUUUAUCAUCUCUGGAAUUCUGUCCAUCAUCACCGAGACAAAGUCAACAAAGGCUUGGGUAGGUGGCAGCCUGGCCAUGAACAUCAUGAGUGUGGCCUUUGCGUUCGUCGGCAUUGUUAUCCUCUCUGUCAACCUCGGUGGUGUGCAACGUGCCACAGAGCAGUGCGAUCCGAAACUUAGACCUACUGAACAAUCUCACUACAGACCUUCCGAUGACGCAUACAGCAGUGAAUGCUCCACCACCAAGGCUGCUCUGACUGGAGUCCUUUCCCUGAUGCUGAUCUGCAGUGUGUUGGAGCUUGGGCUGGCUGUGCUCGCUGCCAUGCUGUGGUGGAAACAGGGUCAUUUUAACUUCUCUCAGGUGAGUAUGCUGGCGGCCCCCCUCAAUCUUGCCUGGUGUUUCUUUAGGAUGUGUUGAUCUAUGCUGUCAUAAAUAGGAGAUAGGAUGACAUCAGUCACCAUGACAUGAACACCAGGUGAUUUGGACAGGGAGGGAGGACAGUAGAUAAAGGCAUAGAAGGCAAUUUUGUAGCUGAUGAGGAUUAUCUGGACAUGAAAACAUGUGAAUCUAACGCAUCCCCUGGUUCUUU